AUUCAAAGAGAUAAAAAACAAAUUAUACUUAAGACCAUUAGAACAAAAUGUUUGCUUGCUUAAAGUCUGGUUUCUAUUAAAGCAUUUUAGCCGCAGCUACCCAAGGUUUGGACGUCCACACUCAAUAUGCUUGUUUUCUAUAACACCAAAAAUGGCAUCGCUUUCGAAAUUUUGAUUGGUUAUUGAAAAAGUUGGAAACGCUUUGACAGUUGACGCCCUAAACACCAACUCUGAUAUUCUCCGCGGCCAGAGAUUCAGAAACGCCUAUAUAUUGAACCUGACCAUUGCGGCCAGGAACGCUUAAAUGGAAAUCGACCUUUAGACAAGAUUAAAAAAAAAUCUUUUGUUCUAAUGUUAACACAUUGUGGCAGUCUCGCUAAGAAAAACAGUAAAAAUGUCGCUUUGUAAAAACAACUUUCCGGUAAAAUCAAUCAAUGGCGGUAGAUCGAAGAAAAUGAUGUCUACAUGACCCUUUGAAAACGUUUUGUUUUCCUUACCACUUUGUCAUGGUUAAACAUACCGAGAUAUAACUGUGAUAUAACAAAGCACUGUUUUAAUGAUGAAAGAAAAACCAGAUGACGAUGACAUAAGCUUUUCUAUAUGUAAAGACUUCACAAACAAACAACACAAAUCCGUAUGAAAACAUUUAGAUUCUUGUCAACUGUAGUUUGAGAGAAGGAACGAUUUAAGUUUGUUUCAUGAAGACGUAUUAAAUCGCUGGCGCAUGUGUCGAAAUCAACAAAAGAACCGGGAGGUACUUACGCUUACGAAAAACCGCCAAGCAUUUUCACUACGCAUGAAGACGUUUAAAGAAGUGUUAAAAUCUUAGAAUAAACAAAUUGUAAAUUAUUAAAAAAACAGAAAGGAUGGAACUUAGAGGUUUAUACACUUCUCUUAUCCUUAUGACUGCAGCAGUAUCAUCACAAAGAUUUGAUCCGUCACGACCAAAAAGUGUUGCUUUUAAUCCAAGGUCUAAGGAAAGAUUUUUUGGCGCUAGUCCAACAAAUGCGGGUCCAAACCGUUGCCAAGGGGGAUUCACCUGUUGCCCUGGAUGGAAUAUGAACCCUUCCACGAGGUGGUGUACCAUUCCAACCUGCAGAAAUCCUUGUGGAUUUGGGAUAUGCCGAACUCCAAACUUAUGUCAAUGUAUGUCCGGUGGAUUUGGUGCAAUAUGUCCUGGACCUGGAGGUACUCAUACUGGCGGUUGUCAACAACGUUGUAUGAAUGGAGGACAGUGUCAAGGACAAAAAUGUAUUUGUGCUCCAGGUUAUGUUGGUUUGAACUGCGAGAAACCUAUUUGUAGACAACCAUGUUUAAACAAUGGUAGAUGUAUUGGACCAAAUAGAUGUGCAUGCCCAUUUGGAUAUUCUGGAUUAAGAUGUGAAUUAGAUCUUCGAACUGGUCCAUGUUUUACCCGUGUUGAACGUAACAUGUGCAGAGGCCAACUUGUUGGUGUAAAAUGUUCAAGGGAAUCCUGUUGUGCCACUGUGGGAGCUGCAUGGGGCAUUCCAUGUCAAAAAUGCCCAGAAAAACUAGACUGCAAACGUGGUUUUUUUAAAGACCCCCGUACUGGAAAGUGUAGCGAUAUUAACGAGUGUAGAGGAAUUCCAAAUAUUUGUGCAAUGGGAACAUGCAUAAACACCCUUGGCAGCUACCGCUGUGAAUGUGGUGAAGGACGCAGAUACAAUCCAGAAACAUUUGAAUGCACAGAUAUUGAUGAGUGUUCGUCAAGCAGUGGUAUGUGUGAAUUUGGAAAAUGUGUAAAUAUUGAUGGAAGCUACAAAUGUAUAUGUGAUGAAGGUUAUAAAUCAAGUGACAAUGGAAGAAGAUGUGUUGUUGCUGAUGUUAAAGGAACUUGUUAUGCGAAAUACAGCAAUGGUCGAUGCCAAACACCGACCCCAAAUCAAGUUUCAAAGAAACAAUGUUGUUGUGGAAAUUUUGAUAGGGCAUUUGGAAGUUGUAAUAAGUGUCCUGCUAAAGGAACUGAUGAGUAUCGUAAACUUGGUUGCUAUGAUGAUUCAGACAAAAAUAAUGGAGGCAAUAAUAAUACUUCUGGAGGAGAUGGUGAUAAAAAAUGUCAAGAUAUGUUUUCGAUGUGUGAUAAUGGCAAAUGUCAAACUAUGGGUGGUGUAAAGAAGUGUGUUUGUGACCCUGGGUUUACUAAAGAUAAAGAUAAUUACUGUGCAGAUAUUAACGAAUGUACCAAAUUUUCUGGCAUGUGUCAUGGUGGCAAAUGUAUCAAUACUCCUGGAAGUUUCAGAUGUAAAUGUGCAGAAGGAUAUUCACAAUCUACUGAUGGAUACCGUUGCGUGGAUGUUGAUGAAUGUAAAAAUCCAAACACAUGUACAAAUGGCAUUUGUAAAAACUUUCCAGGAACCUAUCAAUGUAGAUGUAACAGAGGAUAUAAAUCAGGACCUAAUAACAACUGUAUAGACAAUAAUGAAUGUUUGAUUCCGAAUAUUUGUCCUGGCAAUGGUAAAUGUUUAAAUACUGAUGGUAGCUACCGGUGUGAAUGUGCACAUGGUUACAAACUUAACAGUGACAAAAUAUGUGUGGAUAUUGACGAGUGCUCAACGGUACCAAAUAUCUGUGCUGGUGGAUACUGUGUAAAUAUUGGUGGAUCUUUUAAAUGCACGUGUCCUGCUGGUUUUGAAUUAGCAGCAAACGAAAGAUCUUGCAAAGAUCGAAAUGAAUGUAGCUACAUUCCUGAUAUUUGUUAUGGUGGAAAAUGUAUCAAUGGUGAAGGUAGCUUCAGAUGUCAAUGUGAUUAUGGAUGGAAGGUGUCUGAGGAUGGGACAUAUUGUAUAGACACUAGAGUAAAAGAUUGUUAUGCAAAAUAUAAUGGACUGCAAUGUUCUAUGCCAUUAUCAAAACAACUGACAGCAAUGCAGUGUUGCUGUGGUAUGGAAAACACUGGCACAAGAGCAUUUGGAAAUCCUUGCAAGGCGUGCCCGAAGAAAGGAACCAAGGAAUACAAACGUAUAUGUAUGCAUGGUCCUGGUGUGGACGAAAACGGAAAAGAUAUUGAUGAAUGUAAAAACAAUGCUGGUAUGACAUUAGGAAUCUGCAAUAAUGGCCGAUGCGUCAAUAUGAUGAAGGAUUAUAAAUGUGUUUGUAACAGUGGCUUUAGAAACCCAUCAGAUACAAAUCGUCUUUGUAAAGAUAUUAACGAAUGCACAGAAUUUAAUCUCUGCAAUGGAGGUACUUGUACAAACACUCCAGGAGGUUACAGAUGUGUCUGUCCACAAGGACAUAAAUACAACCAAGAAAAUAAAUCCUGUGAAGAUGAAAACGAAUGUGAUAACAAUCCAUGUGUAGGAGGCACAUGCACCAACACAGCUGGUUCCUUCCGAUGUGAUUGUCCAAGUGGUAGUAUCUAUGAUGCUGCUCGCAGACUCUGCAAAGAUCAACGUGAGGGAAAUUGUUAUGCUAUAGCUACAGAUAACAAAUGUAGCAAAAACAUUGCAUCUUAUGUCAGUAAAUCUGAAUGCUGUAAUGGUCUUGGACAAGCAUGGGGAAAUAACUGUGAAAAAUGUUCUGGAGAUGCUGGUUUAGGUUGUGAGAAAGGAUACAAAAGAGUUGGAGCACAGUGUCAAAAUAUUGAUGAGUGUUCUUUUAGUACAGCAUGUCAAAAUGGCCGAUGUGUUGACACUAUUGGUAGUUUCAGAUGUAUAUGCCCAACCGGUUAUGAAUUAGAUGCAUCAGGUUCAGCUUGUGUAGAUGUCAGAGUUGGUGUAUGCUACCGAAGUGUAAAAAGUGGACAAUGUGGUAUGCCACUCGUAGGAGAGUUGUUCAUGAAAGCUAAUUGUUGUUGUUCUUCCUUCUCACAAGCUUGGGGAAGCCCAUGUGAAAUAUGCCCACUGAAAAAUUCUGUAUCAUACAAAGAGUUAUGCCCAAAAGGUGAAGGUUUUGAGAAGAAUGGUGAAGACAUGAAUGAAUGUAAAGUAGCAGGUAUUUGUAAGAAUGGUCGUUGCAUUAACACGCCUGGCGCAUACAAAUGUGAAUGCAAUGCGGGCUUUGAUAUGGAUGAAACUGGCACGAUGUGUGUUGACAUAAAUGAAUGUGAAAUAUCAAAAUCUAUCUGUGGUAGAGGACAGUGUAUAAAUACGUAUGGUUCAUUUCGUUGCCGAUGUGAAUCUGGUUUCCGUAAUGACAUGAUGAUGGAAAUGUGUGUUGAUAUUAAUGAGUGUGUAGAAAUGAAUCCAUUGCCAUGUCGAAGUGGUAGAUGUGUAAACACUGCCGGAUCUUUCCGAUGCGUUUGUCCACAAGGCUUGAAAACAAUGGGUGAUGGAAAUGCUUGCGAGGAUAUUGAUGAGUGUGAACAGCCAGGAAUCUGUCCAAAUGGUGUAUGUCAAAAUUUCAUUGGAAGUUAUCAUUGUCGUUGUUUGAAUGGUUACCGUCCAAGUAGAGACAUGAAAAAAUGUUUUGAUGUUGAUGAAUGUUCUACAAAUAAUGGUGGAUGUGAGUAUUCAUGUACCAACACUGAUGGGAGUUUCAGGUGUAGUUGCCGAUCUGGUUUCGAAUUGCGAGCAGACAGAAAAACUUGUACUGAUAUUAAUGAAUGUGCACGUGGAACACCAUGUGGUGUUGGCAACCGCUGCACAAACACUGUUGGUGGCUACGUUUGCAGUUGCACCAUUGGCUAUCGAGUGUCACGUGAUGGAAAGGCGUGCGUAGAUAUCGAUGAAUGUCGAGUAGAUUCUAACGCCUGUCAAAAUGGUGAUUGUUUAAACACAGCCGGUUCUUAUCUCUGCAACUGUAGACGUGGAUAUAAAUUAGAAACAAACGCAAUGGUUUGUAUAGAUAUUGAUGAAUGCAAACUUGAAGAAAAUGGUGGUUGUCAUGCCGAUGCAAGAUGUAUCAAUAACGUUGGAUCAUUUCGAUGUCAAUGUAAAUCAGGAUAUGACGGGGAUGGUAAGACUUGCAAAGACACAAAUGAAUGCGCGUUAGGUUUGGCUAAUUGUGCACAAGAUGCAGAUUGUGUGAACACAGUUGGAAGUUUUAAUUGUAAAUGUAAAGCAGGAUUUACUGGCGACGGAGAACUUUGUUUAGAUGUCAAUGAAUGCUUGGCUGAUGACAAAUUAUGUAGACCUGGUACAUGCAUGAAUUCAAUUGGAGGAUACAAAUGUGAUUGUCCAAAAGGCUACGAACCUUCAGCAGAUGGACGCAAAUGUCUUGAUAAGAACGAAUGUACUGAUCCAAAUCUUAGCGUGUGUGACCACGGAUAUUGCAUAAACACUGAGGGUAGUUAUACUUGUCAGUGUAAACUUGGAUUCCAGUUGGAUAAAACAAAGAUAAACUGCGUUGAUAUAAACGAAUGUGAAUUUACUGGCAUGUGUACAAAUGGAGUGUGUAAAAACAUGAUGGGAAUGUACAAGUGUAUUUGUGACAAAUCCAAAGGAUUCAUGCCCAAUUCCAAUGAAACUGGAUGUAUAGAUAUGAGAAUGGGCUACUGUUAUUCAAAGUUUGUCGACGAACGUACUUGUAAUGGGGCGCAAUUAUCAUCAAAACAAAUGAUGAAGCAAUUUUGUUGUUGUUCGGCACCAGAUGGUUCAGCAUGGCAAGACGACUCUAAUGAAGCUUGUGAGGCUUGUCCGGUCAUGCAUACAGCUGACUACAAAUCCUUAUGUCCUGGUGGUCCUUCAACCCAUGUUAAUGAAACAACCAAUAAAAUUAACAAGCACAACGGUUGCGAUGUGUUAGAAAACUACUGCAGAAAUGGUGAAUGUGUGGAUACAGGAGAACAGGGAAUAUCUUGCACGUGCUAUGCAGGUUAUAAAUUUAACAAAGAAAGAAUGACUUGUGAAGAUAUCGAUGAGUGUGAAACUGAUGGUAUUUGUGGUUUUGGCGCUCGCUGCAUCAAUCGCGAGCCAAGUUAUGAAUGUGUUUGCCCAGCUGGAUACACGUAUAAUACAGAACAAAAGUUCUGUCAAGACAACCGAAACUACCCGUGUUAUUUUUUCUCCAUAAAUCCUUCUGGAAAAUGUGUGACAGCCUUACCGGUUCAAUAUACCAUUGGUCAAUGUUGUUGUGGUAAUUCCGCUUCACGAUAUGGCCCGGACUGCAAAGCUUGUCCGGCGCCAGGAACAGGUCAGCGACAGGCUCUGUGUGUUGGGAAACCAACUUUACCAACCAUCCCCACCGGUCAACCGCCCAUAGGUCCAUCAAAACCACCAACCCAAUCACCUGGUAAUGGAACUGGAACUGGCAAUAUUGGAGCUACCGAUAAACCAGUGACUACCAUUGACCCUAAAAACGAUAUCAAUGAAUGCUUUCACUCUCCAAAGAUUUGUGGAAAAGGAAAAUGUAUAAAUACUAUUGGUGGAUAUAGAUGCCAGUGUGACCAGGGAUUUAAAGAAGCAAUUGUUAACUUCACAAGAAAAUGUUAUGAUAUUGAUGAAUGUGAAAAUAAUCCCUGUGAUGGAGGUACUUGUAACAAUAUCGAGGGUGCGUUCUUUUGCUCUUGUCCUGAGGGGAUGCAGCUAGAUGGUAGUAAUUUGAAAUGCGUGGAGAUGGACGAAUGUAAGACGCCAGGUUACUGUGAACAUGGAAGUUGUACCAAUCUUCCAAAUGGAAGAGGAUUUCUGUGCGAUUGUAAUGAAGGUUAUGUCAAAUCCGCUAAUAGAAAAACUUGUGAAGAUAAAAACGAAUGUUCGGAAGCGAAUAUUUGCGAGAACGGGGCAUGCGUCAAUUUACCAGGGAGUUACAGAUGUGAUUGUAACAAUGGCUUCAAGAAAAACGCUGCUGGAGAUUGUGUCGACGUUAACGAGUGUCUUGAUUACCCAGACUUAUGUCGUCACGGUUCGUGUAAUAAUUUGUUUGGAAGUUUCAUGUGUGAAUGUGAUGAUGGAUUCAAACAGGAUGCAACCAAACAAUCCUGUCAAGAUAUUAACGAAUGCAGAGAAGCAGGUUUUUGUGAAAAUGGUCGUUGCAGAAAUACGAUUGGAAGUGCUACAUGCACUUGUAAUCCUGGAUUUGAAAAAACAAGAGAUGGUCGUUCUUGUGAAGAUAUAAACGAGUGUGAAGACGAAGACAAUAGAUGCCAAUAUGGCGGCACCUGCGUAAAUGUUGUCGGUACAUUUAGAUGCUUGUGUAAUCCAGGCUUUGUUUCUGAUAAGAGUGGGCGUGAAUGUACAGAUAUCCGAAGAAGUUUUUGCUUUUCAUCACUGGAGAAUAACCAGUGCACACGAGCGAAUGGAUUGAACAUCACGAAAUCUGUAUGUUGCUGUAGUAUGGGAGCCGGUUUUGGAGAUCCGUGUGAACUUUGUCCCGAGAAAGGAACGAAAGAAUUUGAAUAUUAUUGUCCUAAUGGAGUUGGCUUGACGCGAAAUAACACAGAUAUCAACGAAUGUGAAGCCAACCUUGGUACUUGUAUCAAUGGUAAUUGCGUCAAUACUGAUGGUAGCUUUAGAUGCGCAUGCGAUGAAGGAUUUGUGUUAAACCCAGAGAAUCCCAGAGAGUGUAUUGAUAAAGAUGAAUGUGCACCUGGUUCAACUUUAUGCGGAAAUGGAAAUUGUACUAAUUUGAUUGGUUCUUACCGUUGCUCGUGUGAACAGGGCUUUAGGUCUGGUACUGACUCGCCAGCGUGUAUUGACAUCGACGAAUGUGCUGAGCAAAAAGGAUUAUGUGCUUUCCGUUGUGUCAACCAACUCGGUUCGUACACAUGUUCUUGUCCAAAAGGAUUUAAGCUUGGAAGUGAUAGAAAACACUGUGAAGACAUCAAUGAAUGCGAAACACCUCAAAUCUGUCCGUUCAGAUGUAAGAAUAUCAUUGGUGGGUAUAGAUGUUUAUGUCCAAAAGGUUAUAGAAGAGAUAUACGUGGACGAUGUAUAGAAAUAAAUGAAUGUUUGAACGACCCGACGUUAUGCCGACCUGGUGGUUUUUGUCAAAACAUUGAAGGUGGAUAUAGAUGUGAUUGCACUCCACCCUAUAUGAGAAGUGAUGAUGGAAAGUUUUGUCAAGACAAGAGUAUGGGACUAUGUUUCUCCAACGUGGUUGAUAAUAUUUGUCAAGCGUCAUCUGGUAAGAUGGAGAAAGUUUCUCAACGCGAUUGUUGUUGUAGUGGUGGAGGAGCUGCGUGGGGUACUGAUUGUCGAACAUGUCCUAGUCUCAAUACACCUGAAGGAAGGAGUUUAUGUACAGGUUAUAAGAAUAGAACAGUUGACGAAUGCAAAUUUAUCGCUGGAGUCUGCAAGAACGGAAAAUGUAUGGACACUAUAGAUAGUUUCAGAUGUAUGUGUAAUGCUGGAUAUAAACUUACGAUAAAUGGAAAAAAAUGCGAAGAUAAGGACGAAUGUAACGAUGGUACAUCAAAAUGUCCAAACGGUUGUAGAAAUACAGAUGGUAGUUACGAAUGUAUCUGUCCUAAAGGUUACGUCAUCAACGAAAGUAAAACACAAUGCGUGGACGAAGACGAGUGCAGCACUGGUAACCACGAUUGUCAAAAUGGAUGUGAAAACACUGUGGGAGGAUAUAAAUGUAUCUGUCCAGCUGGUUUUCGAAUGGUUGGGAAAACAUGCAUCGAUACCGACGAGUGUACCGAGAUUGGAAUUUGUGGACUCGGCACUUGUCGUAACACUGUCGGUAGUUACGAAUGUUUAUGCGGAAGAGGUUUAAAGUUUGAUAAAACAAAAAAAUCAUGUGUUUAUAUCACUGACGGUGGAGAUAAAAAAAAUCCUGGCGGAUGUAUUGGUGUCCCACAAGGCUGUGGUGCAGCUUGUCCCCAAGGGUUUUAUCGAUAUUAUAAUCAGUUUGGCGGCACCCAAUGCGUAGACGUGAAUGAAUGUCGUCAGAAUAUGUGCGGGCAGUCAACAUGUAUCAAUACUCUUGGUAGCUACCAAUGCACAUGCCCGACUGGUUACACAUAUCAAGGAGGCCGUUGCCAAGAUACGAACGCGUGUGCUCUAUCGCCUUGUUCUUUUGGAUGCUUGAAUAACAGAGGCGGGUUUGCAUGUCAAUGUCCGCCAGGUUACUUCCCAGUUACUGGAGGACACUGCGUGGCAACUGGAGCGACAUGUUUCAGUUGUGAUACAUCCGAUAUACCGAAAGAAGGCGUUCCGUUGGGCGGUAAACCUACACAGAGUCAGCCAGGUCAUCAAAGUGCUAUAGGUGGUGGCUCCGUUCCUUUGAGUGGAGGGUCGAAUGCAUACAACCCCCGACAGCCCUACGUUCCUCCUUACACAGGGGGAAGGCAAGAAACUGGUGGGUUUAGCGGCUUCCCUGCAGGUGGAUUUCAGCAACAGCAAUACAAACCAUACGGCGGUUUUGCGUACCGAAGGAGAAGAUCGACAAGCAAGCACACGAAACCAGUUCACGUUGUGAUAAGCCAUAAAACAAAGCCACAUGUUUCUCUCAUGAAACUAGUGGCGCAACUUAAAGAUAUGACUGGUCAUAUGGACUAUAAUAUAAUCAAAGGGAAUGCAAGCUUAUUUGAGUUGGUGACGGGUACGAACGGAAGGACGAGUUUGCAGUCUACUGAUUAUCUUAUUCCGGGAAGUUACAACGUUGCGAUUAAAGGAGAUAUUAAGAAGGAUAAUUCAGAAAUAGAAGAAGAACUAAAAGCUAUAUAUCGCGAUGCUGGAAAUUUUAUAUUAAAAGUGAAUGUUCGUGUUCUAUAAACAGCGUGGCCACACUGUUCUACUUCAUGAGGAAGAACAUGCAACAAAAAAAAUUUAGUGUGUAAAACAGUUAGAUUGGUUUUCGCACUUUCUGUUAUUGUUUGGCUGAAGUUUCAAAAUGGUGCCCAGUAUGCUAUAAACGAAUUGAAAGAUAUGUCUUCCUUGACCUCAGAUCCUAUAUUUAUGUAAUAUUUUUGAUAUAUUUUUAUACAUUUUUAGAAGCAUAUUUUUUGUAAAUUCCCUAAUAUUAAAAGUCUCGCAAUGAAGUUCAGUUUUUAGUUCCUUCUAUACGUUUUAUAGAUAUGAGAGAUUUGUGAGAUAUUUGUGUAUACGAUAAAGCAUGUAUUAUCAAGAAACAGUUUAUAUUUAAGAUAAUGGAAAAAAAAUUGUUU